AUGAUAUCCUCAAAUGUUACCAAGGUUUUAGAGCUUUUACUAGCUGGUGGGAGGAGAUGGAAUAGAAAACUGGUAGAGACCUUAUUUGGUGAAGUUGAAAAUGUUGCGAUCCUCAAGAUAAACAUCUUGAACCAUGCAAAAAAGGAUAGGUGUUGUUGGACUGGUAAUGAGAAAGGAUUUUUCUCUAUGGAAAAUGCCUAUGCUAAGCAGAUGAUUAAGAAGGUGUUGAUUAUGGAUAGAGUAGAAGGAAUCAAGUCAGCAGCUAAGGAUAAGAUUGCAAGAAACACAUGCUGGAAGAUUAAG